AUGCACUUCCUCGCCUCCGUCACCGUCCUCGCGGCGUCCAUCGCCGGCGCCGCCGCGUCUCCCCAGAAGAUGCAGCCCUACCGCCUGGCCGUCAUGCCUCUCCCCGGCCAGAGCCUGCAGCGCCGCGACACCAACGGCUACGUGCCCGAGACGACCCAGUGCGGCAAGGGCAACACCUGCGCCGAGGCCUGCGGCGCCGGCUACGACCAGUGCACCACGUCUGACAACGUCGCCCACUGCUUCAACCCCGCCGCCGGCGAUUCGUGCUGCACGGACGGCUCUGGCAACUCGUGUGCCAAAGGCUACUACUGCACCCACGACCACUCCAAGCGCACCUGGUGCUGCCCCGAGUCCAUGGACCUCGCCGCGUGCGCCGCCGCCUACACCAUCACCGGCGGUCUCGAGCAGGCUCGUUCCACCACCAAGCCGUCCACCACGUCGACUCCUCCUCCCACCACCUCGUCCACCUCGACCUCGACGACUCCCACCACCACCUCGAAGCCCUCCACGACGAGCAUCGCCAUCGUCACCGAGACCAAGGACAAGAACACCACCGUCUGCCCCAGCAGCUCCGGCUACACCACCGCCUGGACUGGUGCUAACAGCACCAUCACCACCGCCCAGCCCACACAGCCCAGCGCGGUCGUUCCCUCGGGUACCAAGAGCCUGCCCCCUCCUCCGCCGACCAACGUCAACGCCGCCGCCGCCACUGGCGUCAGCGCCCUUCUGCUGGUCGCCGCCGGUGUCGUCGCCCUCCUGUAA